AUGCGAUUGCCGUUGCUUUUGGCGCUGGUUAUUGCCGCACUCCUCGUCCUCGGUGCUCGCUCAAACGCCAGCGACCCUUCCGACCGCCGUGUCCGAGAGGCGCUCGCCUCGCUGCUGGGCGCGCCGCUCGAUCAGCUUCCAGAAGCCCAGCUGGUCGCCGCCCUGGAUGCUGGCUCGACCGACGGCCAUGCCUGUUCCUUUGCUUGCUAUGCACUCUCUCUGCGCUAUGGUGGGGGUGUCGCCCAGAGCGGCAGCGAGGGCUACAGCGGCUUCAGAGACGAGUUCUGGUCCCUCCAGCAGGCCAGUCAGCGUCCGUCUUGCAUCUUCCAGCCCUCGUCUGCAAACGAGGUGGCCGUGGCCGUGCAGCUCUCGCGUCUGCUGCAGUGUCCGUUCGCAGUCAAGAGCGGCGGCCAUGCUGCCUUCGCCGGCGCCUCCAACAUCGAGGGCGGCAUCACCAUUGACAUGAAAGCCAUGAACCACGUCGACCUCCUGUCAACCCGACAUCUGGCCGCGCUUGGGCCGGGUGCCAAGUGGUUCGAUGUCUACAACGCACUCGAGCCCGAGGGCCUUUCGGUCGUUGGAGGACGCGUCUCUGCUAUUGGUGUUGGCGGCUUGACUCUUGGAGGCGGCAUCUCUUUCUUCUCCGGACUUUACGGCUGGGCGUGCGACAACGUCGUCAACUAUGAGGUUGUUAUCGCGAAUGGCUCUAUCAUUAACGUCAGCCGCGAUGUGGAACCGGACCUUUUCUGGGCUCUGAGGGGCGGUGGCAACAACUUCGGCAUUGUCACCAACUUCACCGUGACAACCUUCUCUCAAGGCCUCAUGUGGGGUGGCGGACGUCUUCACCGGCUGGGGCAGCGGGACAAGAUCAUCGAGGCCUUUGCGAAUUUUGGAUCCAAUGCGGAACAGGAUCCCAAGGCCGCCAUGAUACUGUCCUUUGCCUAUAGCCAAGGGGAGUACCUUGCACAGAUUGACAUGCAAUACGCCGAGCCUGUCCGCAACCCGCCCAUUUUCGAGAAUUUCAGUUCAAGUGCCUUGCCGGAUCCGGUCUUCGAUACCACCAUGGUCCGCACGUUGUCGAACCUUACGCAACUGUUCAAUGAAUCGAACCCCGAUGGGCUGCGGGAGACGUAUUGGACCGCGACGUACAGGAAUAACGCAGAUUUAGUCUCGUUCAUACUGGAUACUUAUAUUGAGGAGAUUGAUCCUAUCCGCAACUGUUCUGGCCUCUUGCCUGCGUGCACCCUGCAGUUCAUCACGCCGCCAAUGUUCAAGCAUAUGCGAGAACACGGCGGCAACGCGCUAGGCCUGGACGAUGAAGAUGAGCCGCUCCUGCUGCUAAACCUCAACACCAUGUGGCACAAUGAACUGGAUGACGAUGCUGUCUUGGACGCAGCCAACAACAUCAUCCAGAAGGUGAAUGAGAAAGCCAGAAGCAUGGGACUCGACCACGAAUACGUGUACAUGAACUACGCCAGCCAGUACCAGGACCCCAUCGCGGGUUACGGCCAGGAGAACAAGGACCGGCUCACGGCCAUCGCGGAGAAGUACGACCCCGAGAAUGUGUUCCAGAAGUUGCAGCCGGGGUAUUUCAAGCUUGGCGCUGCGCCCAGUGCCCCUUGCGUCGGUUCGAUGACGUGCUACGGAAAGAUUCUGUCGUAG